AUGCCGAAGACACGACGUUCGAAGCCCUCUGUAGAGGAAGACGCAGCUGCGCAACGUCCCGACGAGCAACCGGAGGCUGCAUCCGAGAAGACAUCCACCGAAGACGCCUCAGAAUCGAAACCCGAGACGUCAGAGAAUGACGCGGCAUCCAAGGCCCGUGAACGACAGGAAAGAUUCAAAGCUCUACAGUCCCGCGCGAAAUCCGCAGCAGAGCGAAACCUCAAGGAGACCGCGGCGGAGACCCAGCGUCUAGCCACCGACCCAGCGUUGUUGCAUUCGCUAUCCCGCAAGCAUGCUUUUGCCUCGCAUAACCUUUUGAAGGCCGAUACCGAAGCUUCAGGGGAAGAUUUUGAGCGCAAACGUGCCUGGGACUGGACAGUGGACGAGUCGGAAAAGUGGGACAGGCGCAUGGAGAAAAAGCAGCGUCACCGCGACAAUGUGGCGUUCCAAGACUACACUCAAGAUGCACAGAAGGUCUACAAGAGACAGAUGAGGGAGCUAGCGCCGAAUCUGGAAGCCUAUGAAAAGGAGAAAAUGGCCGCUAUUGAAAAGGCUGCCGCCAACGGCGAUCUGGAGAUCGUGGAGACAAGCGAUGGAGAGAUGAUUGCCGUCGACAAAAACGGCAGCUUCUAUUCUACCGCGGACUCGGUUGGUUUCACUGACAGCAAGCCGGACCGCGCCGCUGUGGACAGACUGGUCAGUGAUCUGCAGAAGGCCGAGGAAGUGCGUCUGAAGAAGCGCAAGGAGCGUCGUGGCGACGAGGAGGCGGAUGUCACCUACAUCAACGACAAGAACAAGCAGUUCAAUCAGAAACUGGCUCGGUUCUACAACAAGUAUACUACCGAAAUUCGGGACAGUUUCGAGCGCGGAACCAUGAUUUAA